AUGAGAAGCAGCUUUGGCUUCCUGCUGCACCUACUCGCCCUAUCUCCGCUCGCCGUCGAGCCCGCCACAGCUGCCCGCCGCCAAAGUCCGCAAGAGCCCUUGUUGCUGCCUCCCAUCCCCAUCGAUAACCCUCCUCGGCCCUCACGACAACAUGACUUUACCCUGAGGCACAUCCUCCACAAGGGCUCACAUCAGUAUCCGAAUCUCCUCCGCAAGGUCGAUGUCACUCCCGGCCGCAUCCUCGAACACAUCCAAGAUGACGACGACGACGACGACGACGACGACGACGCCGAGUACGCCGCCACCGUCUCGCCCACAGACUCGUACCGCACCAACUCAGGCCCUAUGACGAUAGAACGCCUGGCCGAUCGCCGCCGCUCGACCAUCGAUCGCCUACUAGAAGCUGGUCAGAUGCGUGGAGAGGCCGUGUCCCUGCCCGCCUCUGCCUGGUCUAUGGAUGACAUUGAUGGCCCAAACAUCACCGACAAGGAGACUGUCCUCAGUUUUGCUCGUAUGGCCUCCAACGCAUACGUCCUAAAGCCGCAUACGGGUGACUGGGUCGAUGUCGGAGGAGGCUUCAACUAUACCGAAGACUUUGGCUGGGAGAGCGAUGGCUUGCGCGGUCACAUCUUUGCUGAUACCCAGAACAAGACUGUUGUCAUUGGCCUCAAGGGAACCUCGCCCGCUGUCUUUGAUGGUGCAGACACUACCGGAAACGACAAGCUCAACGACAAUCUGUUUGGAAGCUGUUGCUGCGGUCAGGGUGGUCAGGCCAUGUGGAAGCAAGUCUGCGAUUGCCAGACAUCGGCCUUUACUUGCAACUCGACCUGUCUGGUCAAGAACCUACGGAACAAGGCACAUUACUACCAAGCUGCUCAGGAGCUAUACCACAAUGUCACUGAGCUCUAUCCCAACGCAGACAUCUGGUUGACUGGCCACUCACUGGGUGGUGUGGUCACCUCGCUUCUCGGUCUGACCUUUGGACUGCCUACCAUCACCUUCGAGACAUUCCCCGAGGCACUUGCUGCCAGUCGCCUCGGCCUUCCUACUCCUCCGGGUUACCACAUUGGCAACCACAAGGAACGUCCUAACACUGGUAUCUAUCACUUUGGCCACACUGCCGAUCCAAUCUAUGACGGAACCUGCAACACUGCCUUCUCUGGCUGCACUAUCGGUGGAUAUGCUUUUCAAGGAAAAUGUCACACCGGAAGUGCAUGCACCUACGACACGGUUGCAGACUUUGGAUGGAGACAAGGCAUCGGCACUCACAAGAUCAGCAGUGUCAUUCACGAUGUCAUUCUAAAGUACGACACUGUCCCGAAGUGCAAAAGAGACGAAGAUUGCAUUGAUUGCUACGAGUGGAAAUUCUUCGAAAGCAAUGGCACCGAGACUACCACUAGCUCGUCUUCUACUGCGACAUCGACCACACGUACCAGGACCGAGACAUGCAAGACGCCUGGUUGGUGGGGAUGCUUGGAUGAGACUAGUAGUAUCACAGUACCCGUGACUACCACAGAAACCAUCACCACCACGUCGUGCCUCUCGCCCGGCUGGUUCGGGUGCAAGGAUGAGGUCACAACGACCAUCACGACGACCGAAACCAGUAGCAUCGCUACCCCUGCCCCAGCGCCAACUGUUACUACAACUUCGACCAUCGCUUCUUCCUCUUCUUCGUCCUCUUUGCCUUCUUCGGCUGCAACAAUCACAACCACAAGCACUACUUGCAAAUCGCCAGGUUGGUUUGGCUGCCACGACUCGACCAGAUCCACCAAGCAACCUUCCACAAGCACUUCGAAACUGGACACAUCUACUGCCACGCACAAGUGUACAUCGAAAGAGUGGUUUGGCUUCAUUUGUGUUGAUCCCUCUCCCACAGAGUCAAAGCACAAGCACAAGCCCAAGCUCACUUUGUCCCACAAGUGUCUGAGAAGGAAUUAUGUGGGCAAGUGCAAAGAGUGGAGUGAUGACGAGAGCAGCAAUGUCAAGACUGAUUUAUGA